AAAACAGCUCUCAUCUAUCUAUCUCCACCCUUAUAUAUAUAUAUAGAACCAGCACAGCCGUUUCUUGGGACCUGGAUUAUAUUCCUUAAAACAAGAAAUGAGAUCCAUUACGAGGUUAUGUUCGGUCAUGCACGGACUCUUAUCCGUUUUCUUCUCCGCGUGGCUCCCCCACGCUCUGAAGAUCACACUACUCUCCGCAAUUAUCGCGGCGAGCGCGUGCGCGCACGCCAUCACGGACUACAAAUACAACGCCAUGAUCAAGAAGCGGACGUCCACGUUCGUUUACCGGCAAAAGAAGCAACACUACUACUUGUCCCGGCGGCCGGCGCCGCCGGGGACGGCGGAGCCGUUGGAGUGCGCGAUUUGCAUAACGGAAUUCUCCGACGGGGAGGUGGGGAUGGAACUGGAGAAAUGCGGGCACAGGUUCCACGCGGCGUGCAUGGAGAAAUGGGUGGCGCAUGGGACGGGGAGCGGUAGCUGCCCGCUCUGCCGGGCUCCGGUGGCGCGUGAAGGCGCGGUGGAAGAGCAUCGGAAAGCGAAGAGCGAAGGGCGGCUGCUUAGUAACGCGUUCCGGGAAGAGUUGGGGCUUCUUUUGCUUUCGGGGUUGCGGGGCGUGAGUUGCUGUCAGGGGCACAACAUUACAGCUGACUGCAAGUUGACUGCUUCUAGGAAUUGGUAGCAUUAAAUUAGUGGGGCUUCAAAUCGUUGAAUUAUAUUAAUUGUUUGUUUCAUUGUUUCAAGAUUGGCGAUUGGUGGGUGGAUCCGAUGAUUUUCCGUGUGUUAGAUAGGGUUUGUUGAACAUUGAAGUCGAUUGAAUAGUGAUUAGUCAACAAUGGCAGGGUGGCUGCGCUGCUGCUGCUAGUACAGUGAUGUGCAUCGUAUGUAUGUAUAUAUAUAUAUAUAUAUAAAGCAUAAAAUUGAUUUGUAUAUAUAAUUCAGUAAAUAAAAUCCAUUGCAUACAUUUAAUUUGGUCAA